UGUGCAGGAAGCUAAAACCAGCUCAGUCCACCUCAACAGCUUCCUGAGAACAUAGAUCACACAUCCAUCAUCCUUUAACAACAAAAUGAAGACUCUGUGCUUGAUAUUUCUUUUACAUGCAAGUCUUCAGCUGCAGUGUGAUAAAAAUGAGAUCACAGCAUACAUUGGAGGGGAAUUCAUAAUUACCUGCAAGUAUGACACCAGAAGCUUCCUGUUCAGCAAAAAGUACUGGUGCCGAGGGACCUCCAGAAGCACUUGUGAGAUCUUGGUGGACUCAGAGGGUGUUGCCAGAACAGAAUAUACUCACAGGUCCCGCGUACUUGAUGCCAGAAGAGGGGGGGCUGUUGUGAAAGUGUCUAAUCUCCAGAAAGACGACUCAGGAGUGUUUUGGAUCGGGAUUGACAAGAUAUAUGCUGAUGUCAUGAUUUCAUUUACUGUGGUUAUUACUGAAGUUCCAGUCUCUAAACCCAGACUUUGGCCUUUGAACUCUCUGGCAGACAAGCCAACAUGUUGGGGAAAACCAGUGACUGUGCGCUGUGCUUGUGAAAAGGGGACUGGAGUUCAGUAUGCCUGGUAUCAGCACAUUGAACAAAAGGACUUCCUACUCCAGCACUCAUCAGAUUUGAGCCUACAUUGUGAUGCAGUGGAAAGAGACAGCAAGUAUUACUGCACUGCCCAUAAUGACGUAAGCAGUGAAGAAAGUGACGUCGUCUCUGUGCAGGUUCUGAUGCCCGCAGACAGGAACUGCAUAUAUGUUAUUAAUAUUCAGGGCCAACCAAAUUACGACUGUGCAGACAGAAUGAGCACAACCACCAUGACGACACCUCUGACAACCUGCCAAGCCCCCACGACAACCCAAUCUGACCAGAGAGACCAGUUUUUAAUUUUCAAUCAAACUGAUCAAGACAAUGCUUUUAGCAGAGCCUGGGCUGGGGUUCCUCUUUGGUACACACUGCUGCGCUGGAGUUCGCUUGCAUCCUUACUGGUGAUUCUGUUCAUAGUUCAUAGGUGCACAAAAACAGCUCACAAGGAAUGUGACUUAAGAUUAUAA